GCACGCGACAACACAAGCAACGCAGCUGUCCUACCAACAGGAUCAGGACACUCACCUCUCUAGCAACGAACGGCGUACAGCGACUGUGCGUAGACAAAUGAGAAAUUCAAAAUUCGGUGUACUUUGUGAAAAUUCGUCAGUGCUGCAACGGUGUAUUCCCAAACGGGCCAGUGAACGUGCUGGUUGUGGCGGGAAAAUAAAUAAACUGAAUUUUAAAAAAUAUUUUUGCAUAAAAUAUCAUUAAAAUAACAAAAGCGGCAAGUGUCCAUUGUCCAGUGUGUAAAGGAAACGUCAAGAGCAUCUUUAAGGUGGGCACGUGCGCUAAUUAGCAGCUCCCCAAUCAGUGGCGCCCACACGGCUUGCGUAUGGCGCUGAGCAUACUCAGCUAUAACGUGCCGCAAGGCCAAAAGAUGAGCACCAAAAAUAACAACAGCAAGAGUGGUGGUAAUACCGGUGCCACCACGCCCACCGGCGAUGAGAAUGCACCCAACAACGGUAAUGGUGGAUGUACCACCAUCAGUCUUGGCAAGUCCUUCAGUCGCAUCACCAUGCAAAAUGUGUUGAGUGAGAGUAGCGGUAAUGCGCUGAAUAUCAGCAACAACAGCAACGUCAACACGAUCGUACGGAAGAUCAAAGAUUUCGGCAUGUAUGCGAGCGUAAAUAAUGCAGGCGCGUUGAGCACUACAAUGACUGGAGCACGCAAACGCACGGCCAGCGAGGCGGCUAAAGCAAAAACGGACGCUAAAGCAACUGACGGCAAAACGGAAAAGUCUAAAGUACCCAAUAAGCGCACGAAACUCGCGAAUAAAGAUGAGAAUGCGCGUGAAAAGCCAACCAAAGCCGUGGCCACAAAAGCUGCCGCCACAAAUCCCAACCGUGCAAAACCAAAUACGCCCGGUGCGAAGAAACCUGCUGGCACACCCGGACGCAAAGGCUUACCGCUACCACAGGCGGUGGCACGGCGCAAUGCACGCGAACGCAAUCGCGUUAAGCAAGUGAAUAACGGUUUCGCAGCACUGCGUGAACGCAUACCCGAGGAGGUGGCCGAAGCUUUCGAGGCGCAAGGCAAUGGACGUGGCACGGUGAAGAAGCUCAGCAAGGUAGAAACGCUGCGCAUGGCUGUCGAGUAUAUACGCAAUUUGGAGCAUCUACUCGGCUUUAACUUCCCCAUCGGCAGCGAUCGUGGAAUAUCGCUCAUGCAUGGCGGUUCGUCAAGUGAUGAUAGCUUUACAUUCAUUAAGGACGAAUUCGAUGCGCUCUCCCCACCACGGGAUGACACCAAUUUCGAUGAUUCGCUGAGCAACUAUGAUGUCAACGAAUAUUUGAAUAGCACCGAUUUUGGCAACAAUCAAACGAUCUCACAAUCAGACCUUUGCGGCGCAACCGAUGCAGACGCCUACGAAAUGGAUCUACUACCGAGUCUAACGACUAUCAAUGGCAUGCAGUAUAUACGCAUACCCGGCACCAAUACCUAUCAGCUGCUCACGCCGGACGCACUCUUCAUGGGCAACGCACCGCAUUCGCCGCCAAACUCCAGUCUCGAUGAUGAGUCCUUUCAAACCAUAAUCGACACUAAUUGCCUAAGUCCUGUGGUAACAACAUCAUCGCCGCACAUUUCGCCAUCGUCUGCAACGUCAAUUAACGCUGCACCUGCCACAACUGCAGCGUCGCUGGUAGGCGCGACAGCCGCAUUACAACAACGGCACCGUCCUGCUGGGGACUUGAUCGACGAGUGUGUAAAUGUAGCGGUUGCCAACACAUUAUCGCGAUCGCCGGUGCAAUCAUCCCCAACACAGCGCACAAUAUUACAUCAACAACAACAGCAACAAGAUCACCAACAAUAUCAGCCGCAAACACCAACGCAGGGGUCGUCCAACUUAUCACCUGCCGAUAAUGAUGCACUUUUAUUACAGACGUGUGCCACAACGAGUGCCACCGCCGAUGAAGUCGAUGGUAAUGAGUGCCGCACGGCCAACGAACGCCAACGGUUUGCCGUGGCAUUGGCAACCCCUACAAUGCUGUCGUUGCCUUCGCCGCACGCGAUUAAACAGGAAUGCAAUGAUACAUUAAGCGACUUUGUCCCCUCCAAUUCGGCGUCUUCGUCCAAGCAUAUGUCCGCGGGCGGUGCAAUGGUAUUCCAACAACAACAACAGCAAUUGCAACACCGUUUAUUACUUAGUCACGCGCCUUUGUCCACAAUGUCGCCACCGUUGGAACGUUGCCGGCCAAGUGUCACACCGUCGUCGCAGUUAACAACAAGUGCAAGCACAUCGCCAACAUUGUUGUUUGUGCCCAACGGUGCUACAACCCCCACAACACCGGGCCUGCCAUCAUUCUACGACAAUGACGCGGAUAACGCUUUCUAUGAGACCGCGCACAUGUCCUUUAAGAAGGAAUAUCAGCACGCCUUGCUCGAUGUGGCGGCAACAGCAAAUGCCAGCGACGCGAUAAGCGGGCUGCCGGACGAGAAUAUCAUCGAGGUGUUGGACUGGUGGGAGGCACAUACACCCAAAUCGGAAGGUGGUGUGGCAUUGCUGUAGAAUCCACCCAAUUGUUGUUGUUGUGUUGGGGUAUAUGGGGAAAUUUCUUUGAAAUUCUUCGCUUUGCUGCGAAAAUUGUUGAUGACGCUUACAUUUUCCGAAAAUGAUUCGAAUUACUUCUUUAAAUAAGGCUAUCUUCACUUUUACACUUAAAUUUAUUCCACUAAGUUAAUUCUUUGUACAUAUUUAUGUAUAUACCCAGUACAUAUAAGUAUAUAUAUAUAUUAACUCUAACAAUUAUUUUAGUUAAUGCCAGUGUUAUAAACAAGUAAAAAAAAGCAAAACAAACAUUUACCGCUAAGUUAUCUCGGAAGACAUUUGAUUAAGUUUAUGGAAAUAUCAUUAAAUCGGUUUUGGUUAAAUCAUAGUUAAAAUUAUUACAUAUAUAAAUAUA